CGAAAAUACCUCAUGCCGGCGUCGUGAGAUGCUUUUCAACACAUUGCUGCUUUCUCUCUGUGCAUAUUUCCUCUCAAUUGCCGGACAAACUUUCGUUGAAAUUGCCGUAUUUUGGACCCGGGAUCGUGAAGGAGCUGCUCAGUUGGCACGUUGGUUUCAACUGGCUCGAAUUGUUGCGUUCUUGGAUCCAGUGAUCAAUCCAAUUUUGGUAGCACUGAGAACACCAACAAUGCGGGCCAAGUUGCGACGUUGCUGUCGACGAAUUGCUAAAGCACUAUUGCGAUUUUGCUGUCCACUUCGACGCAAGCCUGUUAAAGAUCGAAAACGAAAAUCAAAAAUGACUUACGCUUCGGUCGGAACAGCAGAAUCAUCAAACAGCCAUCACAGCAGAAAUUCUGAUGAUGUCUCUACUAAGGUAUUUUGCGUUCACAAUCCGUAUGCGCAUCGCUACUUAUUUCUUUCAGAAUUAAUUAAAACCAACCUGAAAAUAUGGCUAACAUGGCGAAGAUCGUAG